AUGAAGAACUGUCGAAAUCUGGAGACUAUUCCAAUAGGCAUUAGCCUCACAUCUCUCGAGGUGCUAAAUCUCUAUGGAUGCUCACUGCUGAGGACUAUUCCCCUAUUCUCAACCAACAUCUCACAUCUCAGUAUAGACGAAACAUCCAUCGAAGAAAUCCCUUCAGUUUUGCAUCUGGAGAAUUUUUGUCUCGAGAAUCUCUCUUAUUUAAGCAUGAAAAACAUAAAGAGUGAGAAACUGUGGGAAAGGGUGCAGCCACAAGACUUCCGGGCAGACACCAAAUAUUAUUCGAUCAAGCCAUUUGUGAAGGGUAGUUAUCUGUUAAUAUUGGACUGUGACAUCCCUCUAAGCAUAGACAGUGAUACCCUAGCUGAAAUGAACUACACCCAUGUUGAUUUAGAGAUUAAUUUUCCCUCUGAGUACGAAUUAAAAGAAUGGGGCAUACGACUCUGUUCGUUAGCGGAGAACCGACUUGGUAAUCCAAACACUCUACCACAUGUUUUCAAAACCGAAGAAGGUGAAGAAUAUGGAGGCAAUGAUGUAGUGACCGAAAGAAGCAGUAAAAGAAUGCGGGUCAACAAUGAUGCAUGUACUCUGAAAAUUGCUACCUCUACCAAGACAGACGGUACAAACUCUAUCUCUAUCACUGACACUGUUCAUAUUGCUCCAAAAUCUACAGCGUCUUUUGAGAUCGUCCUCGCUUCCGAAUCAUAUGAGUAUCCUCUUGAGGAGACUACCCCUAACAUUCAAUUUUUUGCUGCCACUACUCGACCAGAUACGAUUCCAUUAGGUGAUUAUCUUUUGAUAUCGGCAAUUGAAGAAACCAGUGAGAAUGUGAAUGCCCUACUAUUGUUAGCUACAAUAUCAGCUCUAGAGAAUAUGGUUGUGUCUCAUGCAUUUAUCUGCAUCAAUGAAACCAAUGAGCCUACUAUUUCGGAGUCUACACAGACCUUACCGGUCACCGAUACUUCGAUUGGUCAUGAGCUAUUACGGUCCAAAAGGAAUAUAUCCUUCGAGCAAGACCGGUUAAAGCAUCAGCAAAAGUUUGGGAGAUAA